AUAACUGAUUUGACUCUCUGUAUCUAAUGCUCAAGCUCAGACAAGAUGGAAAAGCUAAAGCUGCAAAUGUUGCCUUCUCAUUCCCAUAGUUCCAAUCCCUGCCAGCUUUCCUUCUUCCUUUGACUCCAAAUCAGUUGUCAUUUUUUGGCUCUCUGGUGAUUCAAAAACCCCUCCUUGUUUUCUUUGAAUUCAAAGCAGUGGCUUGUAGCAAGUUCUUUCAGCGUUAUAUUACUCUUUCUCUCUUUAUGAAAGUGUACUGCUUUCAACUAUGGGCAUUGAGGUGUGCUCGGAGAUUUCCAGCCCCGGAUUUAGUCCAAGGAUUUCGUUUUCUCAUGAUCUCGACAAGGCAAACGCAACGGUGCCAAAAGAAGAGCAGCAACUACAACGGUUAGACUCCUCUCUAGUGGAUUCAAGUUCCGAUUUCGACUUCUGCAUAGUCAAUAAUAUCAAGCUAGAGCUGUCUUCAGCCGACGAGCUUUUCUCUAAUGGCAAGAUUCUUCCUGUGCAAAUCAAGCCAAAUCCCAACACCAACACCACCAACAGCAAAGAAACCCUUCUUCAUCCUCCUCAAUCCGCAACAAAGAACACAGAGAAAAAGAGACUGAAGGAGUUCUUAGACGACAGCAAUGCCGAAGAUGAAGCUACUGAAAACGAAGAGAAGCCUCCGAUUGCAAAGCCUUCUUGGCAGUUCAGGAGAAGCAGCAGCCUCAAUUUGGAUAGUACUACUACUGCGCGAGGCAUGAACUUAAUCCGAUCACUGCAUUUUCUUUCGAGAAGCAACUCAACCGGAUCAGCUCCAAAUCCAAAACAAACAGUUACCCCAAAUCAGAAGCAGCAGCCUUUGAGGAAAAACCAAUCUACCAAUUCAAGGAGAAGAUCAUCCUCAGCAUCAUCAUCAUCAUGUUCAAGUAGCACUACUUAUUAUCCUUACAACACUUCUCCGCGGUCACACAAGCCUUCAUUAAGGAGGAGUGGAUCUUACGGCAAUGGGGUAAGAAUCAGUCCAGUCCUGAAUCUCCCACCGCCUUACAUUUCGAAAGUUACCGUGAGUUUUUUCGGGUUCGGAUCUCUCUUCUGUAAUGGUAAGUUAAAAAAGAAGAAGAAAUGAGAUGUCUUCAUGUCCAAUUACAGAUGCAGUUAGCUGUCCAACCAUGUGAUCAUACUCUGUAAAAUAAGAAAUGUUUAGGAAUCUUUGCUGGUAUGGAAAAAUAGAAAUAGUUUAUCGACUGUUUGGAUUUACUACUUGUGAGAACUACAGGGGAUAGAAGUGUAGGGACAGUAAACUCUGCAUUUCAUAUCAAUGUGUUACUGGCUUAGGAGACAAGAUAAACAAGGUAUCUUUCUCUCAUGCCUCUCUCCUCACAUCCCUUUCUUUCUUUUUUUUCUGCUUUUGAUUCUUUAUCUAUAGCACAAACCAAGUAAAUACGACUCUUUUUCUUCGUUUAAACAUUGAUUAAGGGUUUCUUUUUGUUCUUUUCUGCUUUGCUUUCCUUAAGAUCCUUUAAUUUUGUAGUAUUAGGACAUA